AUGAAAUGGGUUUGGUUUGGGAGUUUAAAGAGUCGCUGGAUGUGUUAAAGAGGAAUGGCCACUCUGGAACUCUAUUCUUUGCUGAGCAUGAGAAGUUGCACUAAAGACCAAAGUGCAGAAGACUCUGAACCAAGUGAAAAUAGCAAGUCCAGAAUGAGUUGUAGCAGUUCAAAGAGCUUAUCUAAUAAGAAGCUCGAAAAUAUUGAUGAAAAUAGCGAUGCAAUUUGGGAAGCGGUGGCCUGUGAUGCUCCUGAAACUCCUACUGAGUCAAUGGUGUUUCUUGCUAGAUCAUGGAGUGUUUCUGCCAUGGAGAUUUCUAAAGCUCUUUCCAGUACUUGUGAUCAAUUACCUCCAGGGCUAGAUGCUAAUGCUGCAGCUCCUAAAGAAUCUUUGCUUCAGCAGUUUCCAAGUACUGGUAAUGGCAGCCCCCCAAUUUCUCCAAGAGAUAGUGAAGAAAUGAAGGAAUUGUUUUUGCUACAUCAGGCACUCAAUCCAGACUUCCUAUCCAGUCAGCAACUGCUCAAAACCGGGCUGUACAAGAGCAUAUUGAAAGGUAGAACAAUGGGAAGAUGGAUGAAGGAUCAAAAGGAGCGGAAAAAGCAGGAGAUCAGGACUCAAAAUGCUCAACUCCAUGCAGCAGUGUCCGUCGCAGGGGUUGCUGCAGCCAUUGCUGCUCUAGCUGCCUCGAAUGCCAUGGCAGCAGAAAUGGCAGCAAGCCAACAAAAACCACCCUCCAAGACUACAGUUGCAAUGGCCUCUGCGGCAGCUCUAGUAGCAUCUCACUGCAUUGAGAUUGCGGAAGAUAUGGGAGCCGAUCAUGAUCAAAUCUUAACAGUUGUCAACUCUGCGGUUAAUGCAAGGAGCAGUGGAGAUAUCAUGACACUAACAGCCGGAGCAGCUACAGCCUUGAGAGGAGCCAACACUUUAAGAGCAAGGCUGCAAAAGGGGCAUGGAGCUACAUUUGCUCUCAUGGAGGAAAAGUUUGAAGAAAGCAACGAAACUAACAUCUUGGCAGCAUUGAACUUCGCGGCUAGAGGUGGAGAACUUCUCAAGCGUACAAGGAAAGGAGCUCUCCAUUGGAAGCAAGUUUCUUUUAGCAUCAACUCUAAUUGGCAGGUGGUAGCUAAAUUGAAAAGCAAGCACAUGGCAGGAACAUUCACGAAAAAGAAGAAGUGUGUAGUCUCUGGCGUAUACAGUGACAUCUCAGCAUGGCCUGGAAGAGAGAACGACGACUGCGACGAGCAAAGAGCUUACUUUGCGAUAAAAACAGCUGAAAGAGUAAUAGAAUUUGAAUGCCGAAGUAAAGGUGACAAACGGAUGUGGACUGAGGGGAUUCAGCAUAUGUUGAAUUGCAGAACCAAUUUAAAAUAUGAGACGGCUACCAAUUGUUACAAAAAUGGUUUUUGAUCUCUUCUCUGCAAAGGGAUUAACAUAAAUUGUAUAUUGCAAUUAUCAAUUGUGUUUGGAAUGUAUUAAGCAAAAUGUAAAUGCACUGUGGCAAUCUGUAGUCAUAUACAGAUCCACAAGUGGAAGGAAUCUAUUGGCUUGGGGAUUGGGGAUAUUAGAGCAGGUGCUCUUUCUUGUGAGGUAAAUGGAUAAAUAAAAAUAUGACAGCCAUCGGAGAGAAAAGGAUUGUCUUAAAUCUUUCCGGUUCCUGUUGAUUCGAUGAA